GGGAGCAGCCGCCGCCGCAGCGGCCGCCAUGGAGCCGGAGCGCGAGUGCCGGGUGCUCUCCAUCCAGAGCCACGUCGUGCGCGGCUACGUGGGCAACAAGGCGGCCACCUUCCCGCUGCAGGUCUUGGGAUUUGAAGUUGAUACCGUGAACUCUGUCCAGUUUUCAAACCACACAGGCUAUGCCCACUGGAAGGGGCAGGUGCUAAAUUCAGAUGAACUCCAUGAGCUGUACGAAGGACUCAAGCUGAACAACGUCAACCAGUACGAUUACGUACUCACAGGGUAUACAAGGGACACAUCUUUUCUUGCAAUGGUGGUGGACAUUGUCCAGGAGUUGAAGCAGCAGAAUUCCAACCUGGUGUACGUGUGUGAUCCAGUGAUGGGUGACAAAUGGAAUGGAGAAGGUUCUAUGUAUGUGCCAAAGGAUCUUCUCCCCGUCUACAGGGACAAAGUUGUUCCUGUUGCUGAUAUAAUUACUCCUAAUCAGUUUGAGGCUGAGUUACUCACUGGUAGAAAGAUUCACACAGAAAAAGAAGCUUUAGAGGUAAUGGAUAUGCUGCAUGCCAUGGGACCAGAGACUGUGGUGAUCACAAGCUCAGAUCUACAGGGUCCUUUAGGAAACGACUACCUAAUUGCACUGGGAAGCCACAGGAGAACUAAAGCAGAUGGCACCAAGGUGACACAGAGAAUUCGAGUGGAGUCUCCGAAAGUGGAUGCUGUCUUUGUUGGAACAGGAGACUUGUUUGCAGCUAUGCUUUUGGCAUGGACACACAAGCAUCCAAACAACCUGAAGGUGGCGUGUGAAAAGACUGUGUCAGCCAUGCAGCAUGUUCUGCAAAGGACCAUUAGGAGUGCAAAAGCACAAGCUGGAGGAAACAAACCAAGCUCAGCCCAGCUGGAAUUGAGAAUGGUCCAAAGCAAAAAGGACAUAGAAAACCCAGACAUCAUAGUGAAAGCUGCUGUGUUAUAAAGGCUGUAUGUCUCCAAUAACGCACAAUGUAUUGAGGUCCUCAUUUCUUUCCUGUAAAUUGUAAUAUUUGCCUUAGAUCUGUGACAAAAACCUGAUUUUCAUGAAUUAGUGCCCAGCAUAAGCAGAUAUCACUCUCAAAUAUAUGUGCUGGCCUUGUUCAGUUUUAAAAACGAAACAGAAUUGGUGUGCAUUAAAUCAUAUUCCCAGGUAUCAAAAUGGCUGUCAAAUUCACUUAGUCUGUGUAUAACCCUGGGCAAGAAAAAACAAUGUUCCUGCCUUGCCAAAGACUUUAGAUGUGAAUUUGCUAGUGGAAUGUUUGACUGACUGGAGAAUAUAUUUCAAGAUGGCAUCUAGUGCCAAUGGAGCUGGCUGUGUGCUCCUGUUUCCUGGAGAUAUCUGGUUACUUACGCUGGUAUUCAGUGUCUCAGGCACUAUGAAACUAAGCAGGGUUAAAGCUACACACAAAGUUCUGGUUGUGUGUAAGGAGUACUUUUGAGAUGCUUAGCAUUUAAGUACUCUGAAGUGACCUUGAGGUGUCAUUCAUGUUGUCCAUAACUGCUCCUGUAUCUUGUUUGUGAACAGUUASAUAGUUUUAGUUCUCACAGGUACUUGCUGCGUAUUUCUAAUGUCCACAGGUACCCACAUCACUUUCUCCUGAAAAUCUGCUCCAGAAGCUUCUUCAUUAAUAAGAUAAAAGAUUGUAGUCCUACCUCUGAGGCCAGGUUUGGUUCUUUGUUUAGUUUUAAAAUGAAGACAAAUGUUCUUUAAGGACAAAAGAUAAAGCAGCUCCUGCUCUGAAGCUGACUYCCUAGCGUGCUCUCCAUGGGUGGCUGCGUUUCCAGGCUGGUUGGGGCACUUCCACUUAGCAGGAGUGAGUGCCCUUGCAGGGCUCCUCAGUGGAGCCACCCGUGGUGAAACUAGUGUGUGUGGCCGACUAAGUUGUCUGCAUUUGCCAAAUGCCAUGAACCAGGCAAAACUGGUUUGUCCAUCACGUAAUUCUCUACAACCCACGCUGACUGGAGUUUGCAGAAGUGCAUUAUUAUUGAUCUUUGAACAAAUGUUCAUGUCCAAAUUCUGCCUCUUAAGGCUUUAAGAUGAGAUUACUGAUUUCAGGGUGUUGUGUAUCGCGGCCAAGCCUAAUACCAGUAGGUGGUAGAUACUAGUUUGGCCUCUUCCCGUUGACCUC